UCGCAAGGCCAAAGCUAGAGGGGGAGGAGCGCCACCGCGAAUCCCAUCCCCAUCCCCGCACCGCCGCCGAUCCCGCCCGCCCGCCCCUCCGCAGAUCCCCCCGGCAUUGCCCGCUCUCCGGCCGGAUUCGCCCAGAUCCACCGACGCGGCGCGCGGUGCUCCCGGCGGCGUGGCCCGGGCCGUCUGAUCGGGAAGGCUUGAUCUUUUUGUUGUUGUUGGCGCUGAGGGUGGUGGCAGCGGAGAUGGGCGUCGGAGGGGAGAAGUUCCAGCUGGGGACGGUGGGGGCGCUCGGCCUCUCCGUGGUGUCCUCUGUAUCCAUUGUCAUCUGCAACAAGGCCCUCAUGAGCUCCCUCGGCUUCACCUUUGCUACCACCUUGACAAGCUGGCAUCUCCUGGUCACUUUCUGCUCCCUUCAUGUGGCACUAUGGAUGAAGUUUUUCGAGCAUAAGGCUUUUGAUUCAAGAACUGUCAUGGGAUUCGGAGUGCUCAAUGGCAUCUCCAUUGGGCUCCUCAAUCUGAGUCUUGGUUUCAAUUCUGUUGGCUUUUACCAGAUGACAAAGCUGGCCAUCAUCCCCUGCACUGUUAUUUUGGAGACUCUUUUCUUCAGGAAGAAGUUCAGCCGGACUAUCCAGAUCUCUCUUUCCGUGCUUCUUUUGGGUGUCGGUGUUGCAACUGUGACUGAUUUGCAACUCAAUGCUGUGGGAUCCAUACUGUCCCUGCUGGCAAUUAUCACGACUUGCAUCGCUCAAAUCAUGACAAACACUAUUCAGAAGAAAUUCAAGGUUUCUUCAACCCAGUUGCUAUACCAGUCUUGCCCUUAUCAGUCAUUGACGCUUUUCCUUAUCGGCCCGUUCCUUGAUGGAUUCCUGACUAACCAAAACGUCUUCGCUUUCAAUUACACAUCCAAUGUUGUGUUUUUCAUCGUCUUGUCGUGUUUGAUAUCGGUCUCAGUAAACUUCAGCACCUUUCUUGUGAUUGGAAAGACAUCUCCUGUUACUUACCAAGUCCUGGGCCAUCUUAAAACAUGCUUAGUUUUGACCUUCGGUUAUGUUUUACUUCAUGAUCCAUUUAGCUGGAGAAACAUACUUGGCAUCCUAAUCGCCGUAGUUGGGAUGGUACUAUAUUCAUACUUCUGCUCAAUCGAGACCCAACCAAAAAAUACAGAAGUCUCCUCACAGCAGGCAAAAGAAGGUGACUCGGCACCUUUGAUCUCUGAUUCUUUGAGCAAAGUUGAAAAUGGAGGUGAUGACGACGAGCCUUUGAAGGUACCGAUGUGGAGCUCAAAGUACUCGAAGGCGUGAAAAAUUCGUCUCUUAGACGUCGGAUGGCAUUAUACAGGAUUCAGUUUAGUAGGCAGAUAGUAGGGAUGGAAGCUAACUUUCCAACCCAAGUAAUGAAGCAAUGGACAUUUCAAUUACAAAGUAAUGGACAUGUUACAAAUUUUGUGUUUAA